GAAGCCUUGAUUAAAUCAGCUAUAAGGUGACAUCACCAAGCAUCGAUUUAUUCGGGUAAUGGAUGACUCGAAUAGUUCGCUCCACACACCCAAGAAAUUACCGCAGACGACUGACACAGAAAUGAUCACUCUGUUAAUCUGAUCGUCUCAUCGGUAAUCAUUCUCGCGAUAUCUCGCAAAUCGACCGAAAGCCCCGGAUGCAUAUAUUCUCCUUUUGCCAAGAACAGCUUCCGUUGCUAAGCAACCGAUUCUGAGCCACCCGGUAUCUUUGUGUGAGGGUCAUUAUCUCGGCUUCGCUUUGUUUAAACGAGGUGAGUCCAUGUGAAUGAUUUACCCUGGAGAACAAGGUGUACAAAUCAUGAAGCCGUACGGUUCAGAGACAUUUACGGAUAAGAAAAGGAUUGUUAUGUGCACGACUGCACACCAGCAACACGCUGGUUGUUGAAAUUGAGACAACUGACGGAAAACAAGUUAAAUCAAUGAGAGUGAUCAUGUUCUUUUCCCUUGAGACGGAAGAAAACCCAAGGUGACAUUCUGUGUUUGAAAUAGUCAUGUGCCCGGCAAUCCAUCGGCAACGGCAUUCAGUAUCUGGUCCAAGCGACGGGGACGGUACACAGCAGCGUUUCGAGUAAUCAAAGGAUGACAACCUGGUUCCAAGAAGACAGUGUGAUUUACCUCAGUUACAGAACCCUCAGCAAGGCAACUCGAACAUUGCAUCUGUUAAAUUGAAGGAGACACGCCCUUUAUCGCGCAGUGAAAUAUCAGUAGCCGCGCGCGUCUAAAAUGUGCCAUUAACACAACAAAGGAGCUAAUUGGCGUACUACAUCAUAAAGGUUCGUUAAUCGAUUGAUAACAUUGUCGGAAGGAGACGCCUGAUACCUUUAACGCCUGCUUUGGGAGUGGUGACGCAAAAUUAGGAAGAUAAGGGAGAGGUGACGCGAUGAUAUCAUGUGAUUUCAUCAACGAUCACUGCAUGCGGUUGGAGUAAGUGGGAGUUACGGCCUUUGCGGUUACGUGGAUUAUGACGUCAUCACAGUACACCAUCUGCACGGAAUACUAGUUUGUCGAUACAGGAAUAUUAAGUAAUGACAGCUACUUGGAAAGGGACUGAAUCUGUUUGAUGAUAGAGUUCUUGCCGCACAACCUGAAUUGUCGUGCAGAUCGAAGAUGUUGUCAUGGUUAUCCUUCGGGCAUAUUCGUUCUGAUAACAAGUACAGGGGCCUGCCGCAGAGGCCCCUGCUUCAAAACGGUGGAUGCCAUUUCGAAAAAGCUGAUUGGAAAAUGUGAUUAGGUUCAAAAUGAUAAUCCGAGUGGGAUUUUUAUUGAUUAUGGAUUACUGGCGGCUUGAGACUUGGUGACCUCCAACAAAAUCUCUAUCAACAAUAUGGCUUUAAGGGAACUAUAAUUAGUGCUUUCAAAAAGGGAUGGCGGCUGACGUAAUAAAGAAAACACAGUGCACUACUUUCGUGUGACAAUGUCUCCAUUCCAUCAAACUUCGGUACUGAAAACAGAAGAUAUAUACGUAAGUUAGAGAGAUCCGAAAUUGAUUUUUCCUGGUAUUGAAAAUCAGACGCUGGAGUCUGUCUUGGUAGUAGUAUCAGUUUUGACAAGUUCAGGGAAUAACAUAAACAUUGUUGCAUGUCAUCUGCACAAGGUGUCUGAUGACGUCAUCAUUGGGUGACAAUGAUACCAACUGCAGGGAUUCUGGUGUUGUUAUUGUACCUGCAACUCCUGACGGACAUUCUCGGAUAUUUCCUAUCGAAUGGUGGUGGAAAACAGAAGACGACGAGCAGUGGUUCGUAUCAAGGAAGAGAAAGACACAAGAAUCUACCUACUACCAGCCCGAAACCCAUCCGCACUCUGGACGGUCUUUGGAAGCGGAUGAUGCAAGCCCGGGAGCAAGACCUUCAGCAGAGCGGUCUCAAGCCGGACGAAGUGACCAAGAAAAUGUCCGAGGCACGGGCCGAGUUACGGAGGCUCAUGUCCGCGAGAAUGGCAGCGGCCAGGGCGACCGAGGAAGCCAAUGAUUGAAGAGCACCUACUGCAUCUUUCUUCACGCCGUUUGCCAUAUUCGAGCCUUGAAAAAAGCCAAGAUUGGGACGCGGACUGUGUGUACAGUGCUAUACAUGCAGGAAGAAUCCAUUGAGCACUUUCUUCUGUUAUGGCAUGUUAGUAUGUUUAUUCAAUACCACCCUGGCACCUUGGUAUCGGCUACACCGGCGUCAACAUGUGCGCUACGGGGUCCACCCGAAACUAAAAUUUAAGAAUAUGGCCACUGGACUAUUCUUCUAACAGCAGUGUACAUAGUGGAGCGCUUGUCUACAGCAUGUUUGGACAAAACACACCAAAGCCAAGAGGACACACAAUGAGCUUUAAUUUCCUUGUUCCUUCGUGCCACGGGGCGUCUGGUUCCGCCAUGGAAUUUUAAAACACAAGUUUCUUACUUUGUGUUCUUUCUUUCCUUCCUUUUCCAUUUUAGCAGCGUUGAUCUUCUCUUGCACUUUUUGAGACCUGGUCCUCAUCUGAUCGACAAGUUCUCUCGCCUCUGCUUCAUCAUUAUUCCUUUUAACCUUCUUUUCAGCUUUCAGCAUUUUUUCUAUCCUUUUAAAAGCCGUUUCCAUCUGUUUUAUAUAUAAUUUAGUCAAUUUUCGCUCCAAUUUUAUUUCUUUUUCCCAACGUUUCAUGCUCUCCUUCAAACGCUUUAGCGCAAUCCUCUUCAAAGACAGUUCCGUGUCAAAAUCUUCCAGACUCUUUCCUGUGUCUGUAACGUUCCCCUUUAAAGCAAGGUCUGCUUCAAAAUCGUCCAAUCUCUUCACCGUAAUCUGCCUAGAAGCAAGCUCUGCUUCAAAAUCAUUCAGACUCUUUGCGGUAACCAUUCGCAAGGUACGGUCUGCCCCAAAAUCAUAUGAUCUUUUCAAGGCAAGCAUUGUCAAAGCACGUUCUUCUUCAAAAUCAUACCUUUUCUUCACUUUUACCUGAGUCAUCGAAGCGACACGUUUUGCUUUGCCGCACUCCGAGCAAAUUGAGCGUUCCAUGACGAACAGAUGAAGUCAAACGUUGAAGAUUAAAUUCCCGGAUCGUCGAUCGUGCAUGUUCGGUUGUCAUUUUUUAUGGACUCCAGGUCACAUUGUAACCUAGCAACGCUUCACAGUGACGUAACGACGAAAAGCGCGCCGUUGGACCGAUCGUGACGUCAUGCAUUGCUCGAGUCCCGACACUUUCCCGGUCGGGGACGCUUGAACAAAGUUUGUGCCUUCUUCUAAAAUAAAUAUUUCAAAUCACUCGCUUUCAACCUGGAAAAAUUCGAAAAUUCAGUCGGGAUGUUGCACAUUUAUUUGAGUAUUGGUGCUUUGGAGCCACCGAGGGGGAUAUGGAGGACAUUUCAUCCAUUGUCCCAUUCGGUGUGGAGUAGGCCUACUACUGUAAACUCUGUCAGGAGCUGGCACGACUUUAGAGGGGAAAGUCGAGACGGCUCCUCAUUGAAUUACGUGUUGGACAAUGCAAUGUCGGCUACCGUGGGCUCCUCACAGGACUCUGUCGAUCUGGAGCCACAACAGCAUUUGAGAGCGUAGUAGCUGCUUUGUAUUGAAAUAGGAGGAUAUCACUACACUUUGAGGGGGAUACUUCUACAGAGAAAGUCAGGACAGUUCCUCAAUGAUUUUAGUGUUGGUCGCUAGGAAGUCGACUCCUUUAGGAAUGGCGACAUAGAUACACCAGAGCAGCGGCUGUUUGCCAGAAUACUGAAUGAUCAAUUGAAGUUGGGUGUGCAUUAGCCAUUCUUCGAAAGAAAGUGCUGCAGAAAAUAUGGGAUUGGUAUCUAUCGGUACCAACGACUGAAGGCUUUCAUAUUGAAUGAACACGCAACCAAAAAAUAGACCACCAUGACUUCUUUCCAAUGUAGCAACCUGUAAAAACUGAAACCGCUUUCGGGAGUCGGGAACACUUCACUCUUCCAAGUUAUCAAAGGAGUAUCACGAUGCAACAUCACCACAACCAGGCGAAAAUUCCAAUAGGUGUUUCAACUGAGAAAUGCCUCCUUACAAGCUGAGAAA